AUGGCUCAUGAGCUGUUCUUCGAAAUCGUCCAAGAAAAGCAGCAUGUGUUCUGUGAUGCUAAAGACACAGCUCCAGUCUUGGAACUUAAGAGAAUUGUAGAGGGUGUGCUAAAAAUUCCCGUCACUGAUCAAGUACUUGUACGCCUUCUGGACGACAGCAACACCAAUUUUCUGCCCCUAGAUGACAAGAAAACGCUGGCAGAAAGUGGUUUCACAGUCAACAAUGCAAAGGCACAAACUCCCGCCAUGGUAGCGUUGAUGUUUCGAGGCGAAUCCGCCCCCGUAAUUGACGAGUUGUCGACGCCACCACCAGUACCCGAUGCUAUGCGAAACGAGGCACAUUCUCAGGAGUAA